ACGAGAGAGCUGGCUUUUCGCAUUGGAACUCAGAGAGCACCUUUACCUGAACCAAUCCUCAUUAGUCAUUAUGUUUUGAGGGCUCUCUGUCUCUCUGUCUCUCUGUCUCUGUCUCUGUCUCUGUCUUUCUCUCUGCCUGGAGCCGAGUGAUUCAUAAGUAAGUUUCUCCCUUGAUUACUACUCUCCACGAGCUAACACCGUUUUUGCAAGUGUUUGCACGCUGUGAAACCACACGGGGCUGGUUCAAGAACACGGUGCCGAAUCUUCUUUAGAGAUGGCCGGCACAGAGAGAAGCCGGUCCGGGAGGCAAAGCGCGGGGCACGGCCGGGCGGCGGCGAGCGUAAUGAGCAAGAGCACGAGCAGGAGGAGUGGUUGGAGCAUGGAGGACGUGUUCAGAGACUCCGGCAGGUCGAAUAACGAAGACGAAGAGGCGCUGAAAUGGGCCGCGAUCGAGAGACUGCCCACGUACGAUCGCUUGAGGACGAGCAUCAUCCAGUCGUUCACGGACAACAACAACGAGAACAAUAAGGUGGUGAUGGACAGUAAAGCGGUGGACCUGAGGAAGCUCGACAUGGACGACAAGCAGAAGUUCAUAGACAGGGUCUUCAGGGUGGCUGAGGAAGACAACGAGAGGUUCCUGAGGAAGUUCAGGCAUCGGAUUGACAAGGUUGGGAUAAAACUACCGACGGUGGAAGUUAGAUUUGAGAAGUUGACGGUGGAAGCAGAUUGCCAUAUAGGAAGCAGAGCUCUUCCCACUCUUCUAAAUGCUGCCCAAAACAUUGCGGAGUCUGCUCUCGGCUUGCUUGGGAUUAGAUGGGCCAAGACAACUCAGCUCACCAUCCUCAAAGACGUCUCCGGAAUCAUAAAACCCUCGAGGAUGGCUCUGCUAUUAGGACCACCAUCCUCAGGAAAGACCACCCUUCUUCUGGCCCUUGCGGGAAAGUUGGACCCAAGCUUGAAGGUUCAAGGAGAUAUUACAUACAACGGGUACAGGCUAAAUGAGUUUGUACCGCAAAAGACAGCUGCAUAUAUUAGCCAAAACGAUGUUCAUGUUGGGGAAAUGACGGUCAAAGAAACCUUGGAUUUCUCUGCUAGGUGCCAAGGAGUCGGGACUCGAUACGAACUUCUUAGUGAGCUUGCAAGAAGAGAGAAGUAUGCUGGGAUCUUCCCUGAACCUGAAGUCGAUCUCUUCAUGAAGAUUUUGGGGCUUGAUAUAUGCCGGGACACAAUCGUUGGCGAUGAAAUGCAGAGAGGCAUAUCCGGUGGGCAGAAGAAAAGAGUGACAACAGGAGAGAUGAUAGUCGGGCCGACGAAGACGCUGUUCAUGGAUGAGAUAUCAACGGGCCUGGACAGCUCCACGACGUUCCAGAUCGUGAAGUGCAUGCAGCAGAUCGCACACCUCACGGAUGCGACGAUACUGAUGUCCCUGCUGCAGCCGGCUCCCGAGACGUUCGAUCUGUUUGACGACAUCAUCCUCUUAUCGGAAGGCCAGAUUGUGUACCAGGGCCCCCGCGACCAUAUCCUCGAAUUCUUCGAGCGGUGCGGGUUCCGGUGCCCAGAGAGGAAAGGGACUGCUGAUUUCUUGCAAGAGGUGACAUCAAGGAAGGAUCAGGAGCAGUACUGGGCAGACAGAAGCAAACCAUACAGAUACAUAUCAGUGAGUCAGUUCGCGGAGAAGUUCAAGCACUUCCAUGUGGGAAUGAGGCUGGACAACGAGCUCUCCAUCCCAUUCGACAAGAGCCUCAGCCACCGAGCCGCCCUCGUCUUCACCAAGUACUCGGUCCCCAAAAUGGAUCUCCUCAAGGCCUGCUUCGACAAGGAGUGGCUGCUUAUCAGGAAGAACGCGUUCCUCUACAUCUUCAAGACUGUCCAGAUCAUCCUCGUGGCGAUCAUCGGAUCGACGGUGUUCAUAAGGACCAGGAUGCACACUCGUAAUGAAGAAGACGGUGCUCUCUACGUCGGCGCGCUCUUGUUCUCCAUGAUCAUCAAUAUGUUCAACGGUUUUGCCGAGCUCUCGAUGACCAUAAUGAGGCUUCCAGUGUUCUACAAGCACAGAGACCUUCUCCUUCACCCUGCAUGGACUUUCACCCUCCCCAAUUUCCUGCUGACGAUUCCCGUGUCCAUUUUGGAGUCCACUGUUUGGAUCGUCAUGACGUACUACUCCAUUGGAUUUGCACCCGAACCGAGCAGGUUUUUCAAGCAACUGUUGUUGGUAUUCCUGAUCCAACAAAUGGCCGCUGGAAUCUUUAGAUUUAUAGCCGGAGUCUGCAAGACGAUGAUUAUUGCCAACACAGGUGGAGCUCUCAUGCUCCUCUUGGUGUUCAUGCUCGGCGGUUUCAUACUUCCGCGAGAUCAAAUACCGAGCUGGUGGUCAUGGGGUUACUGGGUUUCUCCUCUGACGUACGGUUUCAAUGCCAUUACUGUGAAUGAGAUGUUCGCUCCAAGAUGGAUGGAUAAAUUGGCCUCAGACAAUUUCACGAGGUUAGGCAUUGCAGUGCUCAAAAACUUUGAUAUCUUUCCUGAGAAAAAUUGGUACUGGAUUGGAGCAGCUGCACUUCUGGGGUUCACAGUUCUCUUCAAUGUGCUCUUUACCUUUGCCCUUAUGUACCUAAACCCUCCUGGGAAACCACAAGCUAUAAUAUCUGAUGAAUCUGCGAAAGAGAUGGAAGUUCAACAGGAAGGAUCGGAGGAAGAACCGAGAAUGAGACGAUACCCUUCCAAUAAAGAUCGGAAAACUAGAUCAUUAUACACCUUCAGUGGAAGCAAUACGGGGGAAAUGAGAACUCAGAGAGCGAGUAGACCACCGAACACUAAUGAGUUAAGUAGGCAUCAUUCAUCUCCUGAAGGGGCAAAUGGUGUCACUCCGAAGAGAGGAAUGGUUCUUCCUUUCACUCCUCUGGCUAUGUCCUUUGACAAUGUGAACUACUUUGUAGACAUGCCGGCAGAAAUGAAAGAACAAGGAGUUACAGAGGACAAGCUCCAACUUCUUCAAGAAGUAACGGGUGCGUUUAGGCCAGGAGUCUUGACGGCACUGAUGGGAGUCAGUGGAGCUGGAAAGACGACAUUGAUGGAUGUUUUAGCGGGAAGGAAGACGGGUGGUUACAUCGAAGGUGACGUUAGAAUAUCUGGAUUCCGGAAGAAGCAAGAAACCUUUGCUCGAAUAUCCGGGUAUUGCGAACAGAAUGACAUCCACUCUCCUCAAGUCACUGUGAAAGAAUCUUUGAUCUACUCGGCUUUCCUCCGGUUACCAAAAGAAGUCAGCAAUGAAGAAAAGAUGAUUUUUGUGGAUGAGGUGAUGGAAUUGGUGGAGCUGGACAACCUUAAGGAUGCCAUAGUAGGCCUUCCGGGAAUUACAGGCCUGUCAACUGAACAGAGAAAACGGCUGACUAUUGCAGUGGAGCUUGUCGCGAAUCCUUCAAUCAUAUUCAUGGACGAACCUACAUCAGGCCUCGAUGCAAGGGCUGCAGCCAUUGUCAUGAGGACAGUGAGGAACACGGUUGACACUGGCAGGACGGUCGUUUGUACGAUUCACCAACCGAGCAUCGACAUCUUUGAAGCCUUCGAUGAGCUUCUACUGAUGAAAAGAGGAGGACAAGUGAUCUACUUGGGUCCCCUAGGUCGGAAUUCUCACAAGAUCAUCGAAUACUUUGAGGAUAUACCCGGGAUCCCAAAAAUUAAAGAGAAGUACAAUCCGGCUACAUGGAUGCUUGAAGUGAGCUCGGUAGCAGCAGAAGUACGAUUCCAAAUCGAAUUUGCCAAACACUACAAGUCCUCAUCCUUGUAUCAGAGAAACAUGGCUUUAGUGAAGGAACUAAGCACGCCUCCGCUGGGAGCCAAAGAUCUCUACUUCCCGACCCAGUAUUCUCAGUCCACAUGGGGACAGUUCAAAUCAUGCAUAUGGAAACAAUGGUGGACUUACUGGAGAAGUCCAGAGUACAAUCUUGUUAGGUUCUUUUUCACUUUGGCUUGUGCCUUGAUGGUUGGAACAAUUUUUUGGAAGGUCGGCACUAAAAGGGAAAAUUCUAAUGAUCUUACCAUGGUAAUUGGAGCCAUGUAUGCGGCUGUGCUAUUUGUUGGAAUCAACAACUGCGCUACCGUGCAGCCCGUUGUAGCCAUCGAAAGGACGGUGUUUUAUCGAGAAAGAGCAGCCGGAAUGUACUCCUCACUGCCUUAUGCCCUUGCACAGGUUAUCUGCGAAAUACCAUACGUGUUCGUUCAAACCACGUAUUACACAUUGAUAGUGUAUGCAAUGGUGAGCUUCCAAUGGACAGUCGAGAAGUUCUUCUGGUUCUUCUUUGUCAGCUUUUUCUCCUUCCUCUACUUCACAUACUAUGGCAUGAUGACCGUCUCCCUCACACCCAACCACCAAGUGGCCUCCAUCUUCGCCGCAGCCUUCUAUGCGUUGUUCAAUCUAUUCUCUGGAUUCUUCAUCCCGAAACCAAGAAUACCCAAAUGGUGGUUGUGGUACUACUGGAUUUGCCCUGUGGCAUGGACAGUGUAUGGUCUGAUCGUGUCGCAGUAUGGUGAUGUCACAGACCACAUCAGGGUGCCUGGGAUGUCACCUGACCCGACUAUCAAGUGGUACAUAGAGCAUCACUUUGGGUACGACCCUGGUUUCAUGGGGCCGGUCGCCGGAGUCUUGGUAGGUUUCGCGGCGUUCUUCGCGCUUCUGUUUGCCUACUGCAUAAAGAGUCUAAACUUCCAAACGAGAUAGGUUAGAUGGAGGUCAGUAGGGACAAAAGAACUCCAGCUAAGCAGAGACUGAUGUAGAUUUUUUUCCCGAGUUCCAAAAUAUAUGAUGUAAUUAGUGUUUUAAGUUGAUUUUUUUUAAUCAAUGUUGAUCAAAAUAUAAGAGACAGCACAACAGUGCUUUUCCUACUUAUAGUAGAUGAUGAUGAUCAAUAUAGCCAAGUUUCUGAGAUGCAA